UAUCUCCAUGAAAACUGUGAUUAUACAUAUGCCAUGCUAAAGGAGAAUAUGCCAAAGGCCAUGGAGUCCAUGAAGUUGGAGGUCAUUUGCCAUUGGGAAUACUGCAUGUACCAGUGGAUGGAUGCAUACAGAUUGGGGCUUGGCACAGCCAAGGCACAAGCUUGUGUAAAGGAGUUCAGUUUGAUGAAAUACAAGUCUCACAGGUGCAUUCCAGAGGCCAUUGCUCAUGCAUUUGAUUAG